AUGCCCAACUCGCGCCGCCCGCUGGCUGCGGCUGUUUUGAUAUUCCUCAUCGUUGUCCUCACAUUACGCUCACACAGCUCGCCCGCGCAAACGAGCGACAGUUCGGCCGGCGUACGGCCUGUUUCUCCUGACAAUGGUGCCUCCGUCGCCUCGUCGCGAGCCGUAUCGCAGAAGCCCAUGAUGGACAUGUCACGCAUGUCCACGUACGACAAGCUUGCAUACGCCUACCCUUACGACGUCGAGGCCAAGUUCCCCAACUAUAUCUGGCAAACAUGGAAGACCACCCCGGCCGAUGCCGAUUUCGCGUUCCGCGACCAGGAAGCAUCUUGGACCGUCCAGCACCCAACCUUCGUUCACGAGGUCAUAACCGACACCGUUGCCGUAAGCUUGCUCCAGCUCCUCUACGCCAACGCCCCCGAAGUUCUCGAGACCUAUCAUGCUCUGCCCAUGCCCGUCCUAAAGGCAGACUUCUUCCGCUACUUGAUUCUGUUUGCGCGAGGCGGCAUAUACUCCGAUAUCGAUACCUAUGCCAUCAGGAGCGCGCUCGAAUGGGUGCCGCCACAAAUCCCUCGGGAGACCAUUGGUCUGGUUGUAGGCAUCGAGGCCGAUCCCGAUCGCCCAGAUUGGGCAGACUGGUACAGUCGCCGCAUUCAGUUUUGCCAGUGGACCAUUCAGAGCAAACCAGGCCAUCCGGUGCUCCGAGACAUCAUCACUAGAAUCACCAAUUCUACCCUGACAUUGAAGCGAGAGGGCAAGCUUUCCUCACUGCAAGGCAAGGACGUGGUUGGUCUGACCGGCCCGGCAGUGUGGACAGACACAAUCAUGGCCUACCUCAACGACGGCCGCUUUUUUGACAUGAACAAGAGCCAGGGCAAAAUCGACUGGAAAAACUUCACGGGCAUGGAAAUGAGUAAGCGGGUGGGUGACGUGAUUGUAUUGCCCAUCACCAGUUUCUCACCUGGUGUCGAGCAAAUGGGGUCCAAGGAUUACGACGAUCCGCUGGCAUUUGUCAAGCAUGACUUUGAGGGCAGUUGGAAGCCGGAAAGCGAACGACAUGUUGGCGAACAAGAUUAA